UGCCAUUUAUGACUGCCAAAAUGUUGUGUAUAAAAAGUCAGCGACUGGCAUUCGAUAUCAACAUUCUAACAACACCCAGCAAUAGCUCAACAUGGCUUUUAAGUUUACCAGCUCUGUGCUCAUCCUGGCUGCUAUUGCAGCUGUGACUGUGGCGGAGCCGGCGCGUCUGCGCAGUCGCUCAUCGCGUUUCCAGCUGGCUCGCCAGGAGGCGGCGCCACCAGCACCCGUCGAUCCAGCACUGGACCUUGCGCCAACGCCCGCCUCGGCGCCUUAUCCAGCAGCUGGUGUUACGCCAGCCAUAGCUUUCGACCUGCCCACCGAGACGGAGACCGAGGCACAGCCAGAUCUGACUUAUGGCCCGCCGGACAACACAUACGGCCCACCUGCCGAGCCUGACAACACCUAUGGCCCACCCGCCGAGCCGGAUAACACCUAUGGUCCACCCGCUGAUGCUGCAGCAGAUCAGGAUCUGGCACCAAUCGACGCCGAUCCAGCCUCUGAGCCCAUUCCCGCUAGCCUGAUUCUGGCACGCAGCGGCCGCCUGCGCAGCCGCCGUCCGGUGCCAGAGAAACUGCGCGCCGCUCAGAUCAUACGCUCCAAGCCAAUCCUAGUCUAUACCAUCUAAGAAGAAUAUUGUUGAGAAUGUUUUUGCGAAUUAUCGAGUCAAAUAUUUGUUAUUGAUUUAAAUAU